AUGCGGUCGAAUAUCAUUCUUUCCUUGGCACUUGGCGGCAUCCCCUUAGCCGUAUCCAAGCCGUUACCUGAAGCAGCAAGCAAGCCUGGCACAUCGAACAACACAGUCCAGGGCUGUCUCAACGCCGCCAAGGCACCAGUCGCCGUACCCUCAUCUUCGGAUUGGUCCGACGACAUUCGGCCCUACAACUCUCGUUUGCAGUAUACUCCGGCCGUUAUCGUAACGGCUACCGAUGUCAGCCAUGUGCAGGCUGCCAUGUACGGCGUCACGUUGAACUCUGAUAACACUGCGACGGUGCAAGCAGGCGCGCGGCUCGGGCACAUCGCGACGGAGCUGUUUGACCAGGGAGGUCGGGCUAUCUCGCAUGGAUCAUGUCCUGGUGUUGGAAUGGGACAUGUCUUGCAUGGAGGCUUCGGGUUCUCAUCUUCCAUGUACGGCCUUGCGGAAGACUGGAUCGUUGAGGCAACCGUAGUCACGGCCGACGGAAAGGUCGUCAAAACAUCGCAAACCCAGAACACGGAUCUCUUCUGGGCCCUCCGUGGUGCGGGGUCUUCGUUUGGGAUCGUUACUGAGUUCAAGUUCAACACCUUCGCAGCUCCCUCGGUCGUCACCUGGUUUAAGGUCACAUCCGCAUUGAAGAAGGACAAGCUGGCUGCGGCUCUUGUAGCUCUUCAAAAGUAUGCCCAAAAUGACAAGCCUCUCGAGUUGAACAUGCGGGCCGUCGUCACCGCUGACAGCACCGCGUUUGACGGCCUCUACUACGGAACUGCGGACCAGACACGCGCCGUGCUCAAGACUUUCCUGUCUCCCCUGGGCAUCGACGUCGGUGGCGCCACUAUUACCCAGACUGACUGGAUCGGUCAGCUGGAGCACUACGCCGGUACAGCAAGCCUUGACGAAACUGGACCGCAGAGCCUGUCAGAUACUUUCUAUGCCUCGAGUCUCAUGACCAAGACGGUCUCGAACGCAGGCUUCACUGCUUUUGCCGACUACUACCAGAACACAGCAAAGUCGACGGACAGUGGAUGGUUCGUCCUAAUUGAUGUCCACGGUGGCAGGACAAAGACAGCUCAAGUCUCAAACACAGCGACCUCUUAUGCUCACCGGGACAAGGUGCUCAUGUGGCAGUUCUACGACUCUUCCGGUGGUAACGCGUACCCCACAUCCGGGUACAAGCUCCUCAGCAAGUGGAUGUCUUCGGUAACAAAUACGAUGGCAAGUAGUGAUUGGGGGCGUUACGUCAAUUACGCCGACUCUCAGCUUAGCAACGCGGAUGCUCAAGAUCAGUACUACCGGGAUAAUCUGGGGCGUUUGAAGAGCAUCAAAGCCAAGUUAGAUCCCAAGGGCUUGUUCACCUACCCGCAGGGUGUGGGCUCAUAA